GUUGUUUAUACUUAUAAAUGAUAUGUAUUAAGUCAAGCAGUCGGUUUAAACAUCUAUAAAUAUAUAAUAAAAAUAUGAACGCACUUUAACAUUACUGAAAUUAUUUAGUCUUUAUAUUAGUUUAAUCUGGUCAGAUUAGUAGACUUCUGUUUAGAAUGGCAGAUAAAAAAAAGAAAAUUAUAACGACUAAGGAUCCUAUAUCAACUCCGAGGAGGCCAGUAAUUUUAAAAUCCGAUCGUGAGGUUCCAAAAGAUCAAUCUAAAGAGAAAAACGAAAAGGACAAACCACCCACUAUUAUCUUAAAAACUCGUGAACAAAGUACUCCAAAAGAAGAGAGACCACUAAGUCCAAAGUCACAAGCAGAUACUGAAAACCCACAUCCAUCUAAAAUAACUCAAAAUGACAAGGAAAAGAAAGAUCAAAAGUCCAGUCAAAAUUUUAAAUCAAUGACGGAGCCUGUGAAGUUGCUAGAUGAGAAUUUAGAAUUUAAUAGUGCAGCUUUUGAAUUUCUCAACGAUUCUAACACCAAUUAUUUAGUAGUUGGAAUAUUAGGCACUCAGGGUGUUGGUAAAUCAAUGAUUUUAAAUCUCAUUGCCCAAAAUGAAGAAGUAAGUGAUCUAUGUGCACAAAUACUACAAUCUCAUGAAGUUUCUACGGAUACUGCAUUUGAAUCAAGCGAAAUACCAGUAGAAAAUCAAUUAGAAAAUUUCAGCUUUUCAGAUAUACCUCAAGAUAAACCAUUAGAUGUUCAUAAUAUAUUUAAAUUUAAGAUGCAAGAUAUAGAAUAUAUAGAACGAGGAGUUAACUGCACAAAAGGUGUGGACAUGUAUAUUACUAAUGAUCGCUUAAUUCUACUUGAUUGUCAACCUCUGUGGUCCCCUUCAUUAAUAGAAGAAACAAGUACAAACCCUGUAACUGCAAGGAGUGCUAACAUUAUGACAGUGGAUUGUCUCCAAGUUGCUUCAUAUCUUAUGUCCAUAUGUCAUGUUUUAAUUACUGUACAAGAUUGGUUCACCGAUUACAAUUUUAUACGUUAUAUUCAAACAGCAGAAAUGUUGAAGCCUACUCUAUCAGCAUCUAACGCAGCAAACACCAACCAAGAAAAUUCCGAGUCCACGAGUAGCGGGGAAAAUCAUCCACAUUUACUUAUUCUACAUAACAGGUGUCAACUAGAAGAUUAUACCCCAGAAGCGGUCGAAACAAUGCAGGAUCUCUAUAGGAAAGCAUACCAGAGGUCUAAUCUUCAGUUAAAUUCUGGAAUGUACUUAUACAGUGAUACAAAUAAGAACGGUCUGAAUAUAGAUAGUGUGUGCAAGUCAUUUAAUGUUCAAACUUGUGGUACUCCAAUAAAUUUGUUUUUGUUACCCGAGAUAUAUGAUGAUUUCGAAAACCACGAUAUAUACCGUGGUCAUCCCUCUUUUGAAGAAUUAGCGAAGCGUCUUCGAUGGAUGAUCCUUGGCGUUAACAGGCAUCAAAUAACUAAUGUACCAAACUUAUCUGAAAAGGGAUGGUUCCAGUACUGCAGUAAAGCGUGGGAAACGAUACGAAAGUGCACAUUUUUUAUGGAAUAUGAACGGUUUUUGCCGUAAUCAAUGUUACCAUAAAAUAUUAUAAUUUUUGUAUAGUUUAAGUAUUUAAUAUUAAU